CGCGGGGUCCCGCUCCGCUCCGGUACCGGCCCCGGCCCGCGGGGUCCCGGCCAUGUCGGGGUCCCGGUGUCCGCGCCCGGCGCUGCCGGUGCUGCGCUGGCUGCCGCGGUACUCCCGGGCGUGGCUGCCGCUGGACCUGCUGGCCGGGCUGGCCGUGGGACUGACCGCCGUGCCCCAGGCGCUGGCCUACGCCGAGCUGGCCGGGCUGCCGCCGCAGUACGGCCUCUAUUCCUCCUUCAUGGGCUGCUUUGUCUACUGCUUCCUGGGCACGGCCAAGGACGUGACGCUGGGUCCCACGGCCAUCAUGUCCCUGCUGGUCUCCUCAUACGCCUUCCACCAGCCCGUCUAUGCCGUCCUGCUCGCCUUCCUCUCUGGCUGCAUUCAGCUGGCCAUGGGGCUCCUGCGCCUCGGAUUCCUUCUGGAUUUCAUUUCCUGCCCUGUCAUUAAGGGGUUUACAUCAGCUGCUUCCAUCACCAUUAGCUUCAACCAGAUCAAGAACAUCCUGGGGCUGCAGGGCAUCCCGAGGCAGUUCUUCCUGCAGCUCUAUGAGACACUGCGGAGGAUCGGGGAGACCAGGGCUGGGGACGCUGUGCUGGGGCUGAGCUGCCUGGCCACGCUGGCAGGGCUCCGGGCCAUGAAGAGCCACCUGCCCCAAGCUGCCCCCACAGAACCACUGGCUGUCAGGAUCAGCUACCUGAUUGUCUGGAUCUCUGCCACAGCACGCAACGCUCUCGUUGUCCUGUUUGCUGGCCUGGUGGCUUACUCCUUCCAGGUGAUGGGCUCCCAGCCCUUCAGGCUCACUGGCAGCAUCCCCCAGGGCCUACCAGCCUUCCGGCCACCACGCUUCUCCCUGGCAGCGCCCAACGGCACCGUCCCCUUCCAGAGCAUGGUGCAGGACAUGGGGGUCGGGCUGGCCGUGGUGCCGCUCAUGGGGCUGCUGGAGACCAUCGCCAUCGCCAAGGCUUUUGCCUCACAGAAUGGUUACAGGAUUGACCCCGACCAGGAGCUGCUGGCUCUGGGUGUUGCCAAUGUCCUGGGCUCCUUCGUCUCCUCGUACCCCAUCACAGGCAGCUUUGGCCGGACGGCGGUGAAUGCUCAGUCAGGGGUCUGCACCCCCGCAGGAGGGCUCCUCACAGGUGCCCUGGUCCUGCUGUCCCUGGCGUACCUCACUUCUCUCUUCUGCUACAUCCCCAAAGCGGCUCUGGCCGCCGUCAUCAUCUCGGCCGUGGUGCCCAUGUUUGACGCUGGCAUCUUCCGGACGCUCUGGCGGGUUAAGAGGCUGGACCUUGUGCCCCUCUGUGUGACAUUCCUGCUCUGCUUCUGGGAGGUCCAGUAUGGAAUUGUGGCUGGGGUGCUGGUUUCUGGGGUUCUCCUGCUCUACUCCAUUGCCAGGCCCCUAAUAAAGGUGUCAGAGGGGGCCGUGCUGCUGGUGCAGCCAGGGAGCAGCCUGCACUUCCCAGCCGUGGAGCACCUGAGGGACUCGGUGUGCAGCCGUGCUCUGGCAGCAGCAUCUCCAGCACGCUCUGUGGUGCUGGACUGCUGCCACGUCAGCAGCAUUGAUUACACGGCGGUGCUGGGGCUGGCAGAGCUGCUGCGGGAGCUGCGCAGGCACGGCCUCUCGCUGGCCUUCAGUGGCCUGCAGGACCCCGUUCUCCAAGUCCUCCUGUCUGCAGACUUAGAAGGAUUCCAGCAUUUCCCCAGCUGGGAGGAGGCAGAGCAUUGCGGAGGAGCAGAGCUGGGGGGCAGCAGGGCAGAGCCUCUCAUUGGCACCACUGAGAGCACCGGGCUCAUCCAGUGAGACCAGUUUGGGCUGUGUCCUGUGCCACCCCAGUGACACCAACAGCCUCCGUGGGAGCCACCUGCCCCAGGCAGACCUCUGGGCAUGGGGAUGCACUGUCCCCAUGUCCCACACCGAGAUGGACAAAGCAGCACCAGCCCAGCCCCACACGGGCUGUGGGACAGAACUGUUCCCUGUCGCAGUGACCAGUGCAAAGCCAUCCUUCCUCCAGGGAGCUGCUGUAAUUUUUUAAACAACUGUUUUAAUUCUGGACCUUUUCCAUGUUCUGUGCUGCUCCAGUGGUGAUGUAGGCUGAGCUCUCAAAGCUGCUUCAGGGCUGCUCUGCUGCCUUCCAAGCGAACACAAGGGCUUAGCCUCCAGCUGCUGGGAAAGGGAAAACAUCUGGGAUUGUGCUCCUUACUGAUUUUUAUCUUUACUGUUAUAAACGAGAGUUUGUUUUAGCCAGAAUAAAAAAUAAAAAUAAUUUUAUUAGCGGUCAAAUUCUAUCUAGCCAGCCACACAGAAAGGACAGAGCCGUGCCCGGGGUCGACCCUGGGUGUGCAACAAGGAGUCAGCCUCAGCAGAGGUUUUCUCCUAUGCCCACACACCUCCAUCCUGGCACAUCCUGAGGCCAAGGUUUUAGCAAUCAGUCCUUUCUUCUAUUCGGAGUCCAUAUGUUAAUAAGGAUUUCUUUUUGGUGAUGAGGAGAAAAAAUUCAAUGUUGAGCGUUUACGGGAAGGCUUCAUUCACAUGGAUCUGUCUGAGUAUUUCCAUAUCCAUCUUGGACGAUCAGCACAGAGGAUCAGCACAGACAAUGACCCAUCUCCCGGCCGAGCCACAUCCGUUUACUUGUAAAUCAGUUUCCAGUAUACACUCAGUCUCGCCUGCAAAAAAGGGGUGGGGUGGAGGGGGGGGAGGAACUAAUACAACGGGCAUGAUUUAACAAGCAUCCAAUAUUACAUAUUUCAUACAAGGAAUGGCGCGAAUUAUAUUUACUAUACAUAACAUUUACCUUUUUUAUCCUUACCUUGUCUGUGGGGUGUUGUGCCAAACACUGCCGCAGACACACGGGUCAGGGCUGGGCUGUCACCCUGGGGUGCAGCCCCUGGCCUGGGCCCUGCCGAGGGGACAGGCACGGUGACACCAGGCUGUGUGAUGGGGACAGCACCUGGUGGGCUGGGCAGGGUCAGGAAUUCCGUUUCCCUGAACUGCCCUCGGCUGACAGCGAGGCUGUAAUAAACCAGAAACUGCUAAUGA